AUGAAGGCCAACUACAAGUUCUCUAACAUCUGCGGGACUGUUUACCGGCAAGGCAAUGUUCUAUUUACCGCAGAUGGCAACUCCCUGUUGAGUCCAGUGGGCAACCGAGUCUCCGUAUUCGACCUAGUAAACAACAAGUCUUUCACGCUACCAUUUGAAACCCGUAAAAAUAUUGCUGCGAUAUCCCUAAGUCCCGAUGGGAACGUUCUGAUAUCCGUGGACGAUGACGGUCGCGCGCAGCUCGUGAACUUUCGAAAGGGAGUCGUUCUUCAUCAUAUCAACUUCCAUAAGGCUGUCAAGGAUAUCAAGUUUUCGCCGGACGGAAAGUUCAUUGCCGUCACACACGGUGCACAUAUCCAAGUAUGGCGGACACCGAAUCAUCUCGCUAGGGAGUUUGCGCCUUUUACCCUCCACCGAACGUAUACGGGGCAUCAUGACGACGUCUUGAGUAUUCAGUGGUCUUCGGAUUCUAAAUGCUUCAUCUCGACUUCGCGGGAUAUGACCGCCCGACUCUACACGCUGGACCCUGUGGAAGGUUUCCGACCCAAAACGUUUGCUGGACACAGAGACGCUGUUUCGGUUGCUUACUUUUCUUCUGAUGGACACACGAUAUAUACAAUUAGCCGUGAUGGUGCAAUCUUCACUUGGAAGGCUAAAUCACCGGAGGAGUCUGACUCCGACGAAGAGCAACCUAUCGCCUCGACCUCGAAAGGCUCCGGGUUCCCUGCCAAUUCAAAUUCUAUUAUCAACACCCGCUGGGGAAUCUUCGAAAGACACUAUUUCAAUCAGCCAGGGACCAAAGUCGUGUGUACAACCUUCCAUGCGCCUUCUAAUCUUCUUGUUGUUGGCUUCUCUACCGGUGUAUUCGGCCUAUGGGAAAUGCCUGCGUUUUCCAACAUACACACUUUGAGUAUAUCACAGGAGAAGAUCUCCUCCGUAGCUAUUAAUGCCUCAGGCGAAUGGCUUGCCUUUGGUGCCAAGAAGCUUGGACAACUCCUGGUAUGGGAGUGGCAGUCCGAAUCAUACGUCCUGAAGCAACAGGGUCACUAUUUCGACAUGAACACCCUCUCUUACGCCCCCGAUGGCCAAACAAUAGCCACAGGCGGCGAUGAUGGCAAAGUCAAAGUAUGGUCGACACAUUCCGGCUUCUGCUUUGUCACCUUCACGGAGCACACUGCUCCCAUUUCUGCCGUCUCCUUCGCAAAACAGGGCAACGUUCUCUUUUCCGCGUCGUUUGACGGAACUGUUCGUGCCUUCGAUCUCAUCCGGUACCGAAAUUUCCGUACCUUUACAUCCCCAUCCCCUGUUCAGUUCUCUUCUCUUGCCGUCGAUCCUUCGGGAGAAGUUGUAGCAGCUGGUUCGACCGACUCGUUCGAAGUAUUCCUAUGGUCCGUCCAGACAGGAAAGCUUUUGGACAUUCUUACUGGCCAUGAGGGACCGGUCAGUUCGCUUGAUUUUUCCCCCUCGGGGGAGAACCAGCUCGUCAGUGGUUCAUGGGAUCGCUCAGUGCGAGUUUGGAACGUGUUUGGGAGGUCUCGCGCCGUAGAACCGUGGUCUCUAUCGUCGGACGUUCUCGCUGUGGCUUUCCGGCCCGAUGGCAAGGAAGUUGCGGUUUCGACUCUUGAUGGGCAGAUCACCCUUUUCGAUGUUCAGGAAGGAAAGCAGACGAAUGCUAUCGAAGGGCGGAAAGAUAUAUCUGGGGGACGAAAAGCGGAUGAUCGUAUGUCGGCCGCUAACAGUACCUCUGGCAAGUCUUUCAACAGUCUCGCAUAUACCGCGGACGGUCGAUGCAUCCUUGCUGGCGGGAACAGCAAGUAUGUCGUGCUAUAUGACGUGAGGGAGGGCGAAGGGGUCAUGGUCAAGAAGUUUCAGAUAUCCCAAAACCUAUCGCUAGAUGGAACGGAGGAAUUCCUGGACAGCAGGCGGGUUAACGAGGCCGGGAUCAACGUCGAUCUAAUUGAUGACCGAGGAAACCAAAGUGACCUUGAAGACCGGAUGGACACUAGCCUUCCUGGAGUAACCCGCAGUGGGGAUAUGUCAAAACGCCGGUAUCGACAAGAGGCUCGAACCAAGUGUGUGAGGUUUUCCCCUGCAGGUCGAACUUGGGCAGCUGCGUCAACAGAGGGUCUCCUUAUCUAUUCGUUAGACGACACGGUGCUCUUCGACCCAUUCGAUCUUUCCAUGGACUUGACACCUCAGACGGUUCUCGAUGUUUUAACCAAGCGAGAGUUCCUCAAGGCGCUGAUUAUGGCGUUCCGAUUGAAUGAGAAGCCUCUCAUUCAGCGCGUCUAUGAGAGUAUCCCACGCGGAGAUAUACGCCUUGUUGCCCGACAGGUGCCAGUCAUGUAUGUUCCGGCUCUGUUGCGGUUUGUGGCAGAGCAUCUUGAGCGGAGCCCUCAUUUGGAAUUUGAUCUGCUCUGGGCGAAUACCCUAUUGAUGGCGCAUGGCCGACACCUUAGGGAUCGGUCUGGAGAGUACGCGAGCGUCUUUAGAGUCGUUCAAAAGCAGCUCGGCGAGUGCGAGCAGGCCAUAUCUAAGUUAUGCGAAGAGAAUGUGUCAACGCUCUGCUACCUUAUCGAUCAAUCGAAAGCCAAAGAGCUAAACGAUGCCAAGAUGAUAGAAGUAUAA